UCUCUCUCUCUCUCUCCCCGUCAACGUUGUUGCUACUUCUACUUAAGCAAAGUCUUCUUCUGCAUCCAUCUGUGUUUCCUAAAUUCUCUCUCUCUCUCUAGUUCUUUGUUUCUCUCUCUUGUUUUGAUGGCUAAAGAGAAUCAUUACAAGAAGAACGCUAUUGGGUGCAUGAGCUUACUGAGGAAUCUGGAGCAUCACCAACUUUUGAAGCUUCUCUCCCAAGGAUUCUGCGACCACUGCCAAGCCCAUUUGGAGGAUCGUGCUCGUAACCUUUUCCUCACUGAAAAAGGUGGCGGUGAUAGUGCCAAAGGAAAUGCUGAUGCAUCAUGGUUCUCGCAGAAUAGUGAGAGGACUAACCAGCAAAACAUCAGUCCUCAAGAUUCUAUUGGAACACCUGAACUUAUUAUCAUGGCAAGGAAAAGAGAGUAUCCCGGUUCUCCUAGGCCUGCAUCACCAAACAAUAAAAGCUGUUCACUUCAGCAUUCAAGUUCAGAGUUACUUCUUGACGAUGGAGUCGGAGAAGAUUCCUCUUUGAUUGAUGACGGGCUUUCGGAGGAGGAAGAGAACGCUCGAGUUUCUAGAAUGGGCUGGAAGGAUAGCUUUUGCUGCUUUGAGAGAGUAGAUGGACGACUUACAAAUGUUCUGGAAGGGCUGGGGCUUUACACUCGGGUCUUCGAUGUUGAAGAGCAAAAAAAGAUAGUUGAAUUUGUGUACAAGUUGCAGGAUAAGGGAAGGAAGAACCAACUUAGAGGGAGAACGUAUUCGGAACCUAAAAAGUGGAUGCGAGGCAAGGGCCGUGUCACAAUACAAUUUGGUUGCUGCUACAAUUAUGCAGUGGACAAACAUGGAAACCCCCCGGGUAUCAUAAGAGAUGCCGAGGUUGAACCCUUACCUCCAUUGUUCAAACAAAUGAUAAAGAGGAUGGUCAGGUGGCAUGUCUUGCCUCCGAAAUGUGUCCCCGAUAGCUGCAUUGUGAAUAUAUACGAGGAAGGAGAUUGCAUUCCUCCUCAUAUCGACCACCAUGACUUUCUCAGACCUUUCUGCACUGUAUCAUUACUAUCCGAUUGCAAUAUACUUUUCGGUUCAAAUCUAAAAGUUGUGGGUGCAGGGGAGUUUGAAGGGCCUAAACCAGUCCAUUUGCCAACCGGUUCGGUACUAAUUUUUAAUGGUAAUGGAGCUGACAUCGCCAAGCAUUGCAUCUCUGCUGUCUCGGAAAAAAGGAUUUCAAUUACCUUCAGAAAAAUGGAUCACAGAAAACGGCCGUACAAUUUUCAAUCUGAUCCUGAGAUGCAAAGAAUUACGCCUCUCUUCUAUCCACCGGUAAUAAAGUCACAUUUGUCACAUGAUUCCCAACAAAGAAAAUAUAAGAGCGAUAAACACACUACCAAUAAAUACCCCAAGACAGUAAGAAAGAGGAUUAUUCAUGAUAAAUUGUUUAUAGUUGAGAAAGAACACCAUUUUCCUUCAGUUCGUAGAGUGAGGGUCCGUUACUAAAACAACCUAAAAGUUCAUGGUAAAAAUAGCUUUAUUUAAAAAAAAAAAGAUAUUCCCCAUUUCUGCCCUUGCUAUUAACCUCAAUUUAUAUGUUGAGAAAGUAUGUUUUUAUUUGGGGUAUCCCUUGUAAUUUGAAUUUGAAUACACUUUGAUAUGUGCAUGUGACUCAACCCUAUUAUAGAUUUUAUUAGAAAU